AUGCUCGUGGCCGCGCUCUCUCCGAGGGUAUCUGCCCUCGUGUGGUGCGCUGACACGCACAGCCGUUCCCUCCAGCAAUGGUCAGCCCUCCGUCCACCCCAGGGCCUGGCUGCUGGCUAUGGCGUAGCCAAGAAACCCGUCUCAGACCCCAGGGGCCAUGGGGGAAAAGUGGGCACCGUCCCUUGGGUGACCUCCAUAGGGUCCCAGGUGGCCCUGUCCUGCCAUGACCUCUACCCUCCGGAGCCCCUGGGGCCCCAGCCCACCCCCUUCAGCCGCAGCCUCAGCCCAUCCCCUGACUUGGCCCGGGAGUUGGGGGAGACAUUUGGGGACGAAGAGGAGGCGUGGGAGCGGCUCCCCGAGCAGAACACGCAGCUGGGGCUGCAGGGCCCCGCGGAGGGCUGUGCCCUCAUCGGCUGCGGGGAAGCAGGGAAGACGCUGACACGCCAUCCAGGUGGCCGCCACGGGGGAUCAGAACCCACUCCCCAUGCACGGGACCCCGAGGUGGAGCUGCCUUCCCCGGGAGCCCCCAUGACGGGCAGUGAGGGCCGGGAGGUUGGGCCGGAGCGGCAGGGCCUGGCGUCAGGGGUUCGGAGCAGGCCACAGCUGGGCCGGGGUCUCAGAAGCCCCAGGCCGCUCCUCUGGGUGAAAUGCUGGGAGGUGGCACCCCCCGUGUCUAAGCCGCACAAGGUGUCAGACGCCAGCCAGAUGCCGGGGCGGCCGCGGCUCCGGCUGUUGGCCCAACAACAGGAGUCUGAAAGGGGGGCGCGGGGGCCGCUGCCCCGGCCGCCCCGCCCCCGACCCCGGCGGCCCCGGGACCCCGAGCCCGCAAGACGGGGCGCAGGUGCGUCCGCGCCCCCGGAGCCCUCGCGCCCCGGGGGAGAAGGGCCGUCCCGGGCCGCCCCGUACCCGCUGGGGAGACCGAGGCGGGGGCGAGCGGGGGAGAGGGGGCUGGCCGGGCGCGGGGAGGGCUGGCCGGUCCGCCCCCUCCGGCGGCGCGGCGGUUCCCAGGCCCGGGAGGGGCGCGGGGGCCUCACGUCGCAGACGGGCCGGGCCCCUCCGGAGCGUGACCCCGGCUUUCAGCGCCGCCCCUGGCCCGGCCCCAGCGCCUCAUCCCUCUGGCUGGGCGCGGGCCGGCUCAGGGAACCACAGGGGCCCCGGGCCGUGUCUCAGGGCUUGGGGGGCGAGGGCGGGCGAGGCUGCCCGGGGAGCCGCCGCGUGGCCCCCCGGCUGGAGCCGGUCCCUCCUGAAGGGGCCUUUCUCCGAGGCUCGGGCCGGCCGGCCGCCCAGCCGCCUUCCCCAUUGAGAUGUGUGGAAACCCCGCGGAACCCUGGGGUGAAAACAAGCCAGGCUGUUUGUGCCUCUGGGCGCCCGCGGCCACCGCCCGGACGGCGAGACCCCUCGGCCCGCCCCGUCCACGGCGUCGUCCUGUUUGGAGACUUCCAGGUCCAGGGCCUGCUUGCCCGCAGCCAGGACACGGCUUCGCUCAUGGUGUGUUCAUUGAAUGGCUGGUUUGUGCAGGGCCCCCCGCCCAUCCCAGGACCCCCAGCCCAAGGAGGAAGGGCGUGGGCCAGCCCGGCCAUCACCAACACCCUGGAGGGUGAGGUCCAUCGCACCCUCCUCACUGCCCUCACUACCCCAGAGCCACUGGUCUCCACCGGCCGAGUGCAGGCUCUGGGUCAGCCCACCCCUGCAGCUCCCAGCUCGGAAGGGACCCCAGGUCAGGCCUCCGGCAUCACAGCCCCUCAGGGCGGGGGAAGGGGCAGCAAGGGCCGGAGGGGCUGCCCAGCUCCCGGUCCCCCAGAAACCUGGCCCCGGGACCGCCAGUGCCGGCGCCCAGGCCGGCACGCGUCCCCCAGUCCUGCGCCGGAGCCUGCGGCCUCGCGCCCGGUGUCCCCACUGCCCUCCCAGCAUCUCCAUGGGCCAGGCCCGGAGGGCACCGUCUUGGCCGCUCACCCGCUGAGAAGCCUCCUCAGCCCACACCGGGCCUCCCUGGCGAGGCUCGGGGUGGCCUCCCCUCCGGGGUCCAGACCAGACAAGGCAGCUCCCGAAUCCUCUGCCCCAGCACUGCUGGACGCUGCGUCCUCGGGUGCCGCGGAGCCUGCGCCCCCACCCACCGUGCCCGCCAGCCACCCCACCGUCCUUGGCUCCUCGGUCAGGGCCCUGCCUGGGUUGUCACCGUCCCCGCGCGAGCCAGCACCUGGCGCGGUGGGCACGUCGGGGCGGGCGCACACCCGGCCGCACCCGCCUGGCCCGGCGGCCCUCGGGCUGGGCGCGGCCUCCCCAGGGGACACGGCCACCCUCUUGGCGGGCACAGGAGCUGCUGGGCCAGCUGGGGUGGGGGUGGCCUGCGCCCUGCGGUCGAGCCUGGCCAGCCCCCACCCGGGGGGAGGAGCCCUGACGCUCCGCUUAGCCCCUGCCCUGGAGCCAGGGAAGCGAGGGAGUCUCUGGGUGCCCGUGCAUCCGCUCAUCCUCUCUGCACACCCCGAGUACUGUGUGGCUGGUGCCCCCCACCAGGUCUGGGCAAGGAGGCCCGGGCCGCGGCCCCAGGACAGCUCCAUUUCCGCCGUCCCCGCCCUGGCAGGAGGCCCCUUGGCCCGCGGCGACGAUGUGCAGGGGCGCAGGGGACGAGGCUCCUGGCCCAGGACGCUGCCCGGCGGCCCGUGUCCUCAGCGUGGCCAGCCGCCCCUCGUGGCCUUCUCUGGGCAGAUGCCUGGCCUGGCUCAGAGGCCCCAGCUGGGGACGGGGCCCCGGGCGGCCCUUGGAGUGGCCAGAGAGGCCAGGCAGGCUGAGCUGGGUGCGGAGAUUGCCCCUCCCGGCCCUGUCAGAGCAGCCCUGACCCCCCAAAGAGCAGUGCGUCCCUGCAGCCGUGUGACCACCCUGCCCUCUCGGCCAGGCACACCCGAGGGAGGUAAGGACGCCGAGGAGCUGCAGCGGGGCAGCGGGUGGGCCCGGGAGCUGCAGGCCCCGUCCUGCCCCUUGCCCACCCAGGCCCCUGUGGCUCCCCCCACUCCCCCCGCUCCCCCCAGGCAGAAGAGGUGCUGCCCACACCCGCAUCCUGCCGUUGGCCACUGGUCCCUGUGA